AUAUGUUAUUUCUAAGAUUUCAUUUUUCAUUUUAUUCGUAGAGUUGGGUUUAAUUUCCGUGUGAAACUCGCGGUCGAAUCACUUGACUUCUUUUAUUCUUUUAUUUUGGGACAUAUUAUCUAUCAGCUUAAAAAUGUCGAGACGUUAUAGUAUAGCCGAGACUUAUAAAGACGAGACAGUGUUAAUUACAGGAUUUACAGGAUUUUUGGGCAAAGUACUCGUGGAGAAAUUACUCAGGUCGUGUCCCAUACGAAAUGUUGCAGUUAUUGUAAGAAGUAAGAAAGGUAUUACUGCUGAACAAAGAGUCCAAGAUAUCUAUAAACAACCUGUGAGUAUAGAAACUUUCUUAAAAAUUUAAGUACAUUGAAAAAAAUAAUUUUGUAAUAGUACAUAGACAAAAAAUUCAAAAUUAAAGCAACCAUAAUUUAGUCGUAUUUGCUAUGGAUAUUAAGGCUGAAAAAUGUUAUUCUAAGAAAAGUGUCCUUUUUUACUGUGUUAUUAUGUAUACGAGAUACUGAAUUUAGGAAAUAAAGCAAGUGAAUAAAAAGCAAGUGGUAAAAAAAGGAAUACUUUUUUAAUACUUUUGACUAUAUUAUUAUAUUACAUUAAAUGAUAAUAUUUUAAACAUUUUUAUAAAAAUAUCUGCAGUUCAUAACCGAGUGUAACCAAAAUAACUACUAUUGUAGUGUAAGUACAAAUAAAGUAUUAAAAUAUGGUGUAGGUACCUAUUAUAUGGUACUAUAUUAUAUGUAAUACUAACCAAUAAUUACUUUGUAUAUUAUGAUAUGUAAAAUAAACGUAUUGUUAUUUUUUCAUUUGAUUUUUUUCCCAUUUGCUUUUUUUUUUCCGUACCCCCAGAUAUUAUAUAUUUGAAUUGUUAACACAGAUCGUUCUUGAUCUGACCCUUGAUGGGUUCAAUGGGUUUUAUCGAUUCCGCCAUUUUAACAUCAAUUUCUUCGUACAUUUGUAUGCAUUGAUACCGCCGAGUAUUUGUAUAUCAUAGGUACACUAAACUGUACAGGGAUCGAACGUAUUGUAAUAAAAUUGAACAAUGCCAUAAAUGAAAAUUGUUAACGAAUAAGAACAUUGGUUAAUGAAUUCAUUAAAGAUAAUUAAAAGUUGUAUUUUUUUAGAACAAUACACUAUUACCAAACCCGUUUUUAUAUCUUUCUAGGAAACUUUCUCGUGUCUGUGUACUGUACAUUUCACUGAAUACCUUAAGUUUUUCUUCUAAAACAUGAAAUGAAAAACUGUAAAAAAAUCAUUAAAAAUGACACUUGCUUCUAAAAAGCCAACGAUAAUAACAUAAACUACCUAGUGCAAUUGUAUGAUUAGAUGUUUUUUUAGAAUUUUGGGGAAUGACCUUCUUCUAAUUUUGGUUCUCCUAAAACCACUGAACUAACAUCAAAGAUUUAUUUGAAAAGUUGAAACAAAAAGUGGUUAUAGAUAAUUAGGGAAGAAGUUCAGAGAACAUAUGUAGUAGACAAGAAACUGGUGAUCGGUUGGUAGACGUAAAGAGCACUUGUGAGGGAUAUAUGAGAAGAGGACGAAAGAGACUAAAUAUUCUUAAAAAGUUUAAACUAUUUGUUUUUAGUUAUUUGAUCGACUUCGAAGAGAAAAACCGGAUUUUAUGAACAAAAUUAAAGUGCUUGAUGGAUGUUUAGAAGAUCCGUUAAUGAGCUUAUUAAAGACUGAUUUUGACUGGAUACUUGAAAAUGUGAAUUUAAUUUUCCAUUGUGCAGCUACUGUAAGAUUUAACGAAACUCUUGAGCUUGCGACAAAAAUAAAUGUUCAUGGAACUGAAAAACUAUUAUUAUUAUCAAAAAAAAUAAUGAACCUUAAGGUAAUAGAAACGAAAGUAUACUAAUUUAAUAUUUCUAAAAAUAUUUUUUAAAAAUGUAUUAAUGUAAUCAGUGGAAAACUUAAAACUAUGUAACUUAAGAAGUAGUGCAACUGCACCGGUAGCCAUUAUAUUAGCUUGGCUAGGGUCACGGGGCCGAUUAAUAAAUACAUUUUAGAUAAAUACCUUGGCACCAUAAUAUAUGUUCGUUAUUUAAAAUUUAAAUAAUUAUUUUUAACUAAAAUUUAACAUAAAAAUAUAGUGCUAUAAAGACUCCAAGACAGAUCAACUAUUGCAAACGGAAAACGAUUCAGAGCGAAGUUCGGUUGUACAUAUUUAUAUAUAAUAUAUAUUUUUAAUAGACAUAUUAUAUACAAUUUUCGUCAAAAUUUGAUAUUAAAAUUCUUAUACAUAAAAAAAAAAUACUACACUACACUCAUUUAUUUUUUUUACCACCGUAUAAGACUUAUAAUGAACCUCCUGUCAAAUUUUUAAGCAUUUCUGUUUAGUAAAACAUUUGUAUCUUUGAAUUAAAAAAAAAUUAAACACACAUAUCAUAGUAAAACCAAUAGAUUCCUCCUGGAUGUAUCAAAAUGUUAUUGAAAAAAUAUUAUAGGUAUGAAUUCAUAAAUUAAUUUCGUACUCUUUAUGUGUAUUUGCAUUAGAUAUUUGUAAAACGAAUAGUUAAACCACAAAGUUCAUUGGUUUUGUAAAAAAAAAUAUAUAUAUAUAUGAUAUGUAGGUUUUUAAAGGCAUAUUUUUGUUCAGGGUAUCGUACAUGUUUCGACUAUUUAUUCACAUUGUCCGAGAAAAGAAAUAUGCGAAGAAUAUUAUCCUGUUCCAAAAGUGGCUAAUAAUGACUUAAACAAUUUGUGUGCCAAUAAAUCAUUAACCGAGUAAUUAUUAUUUGUUAAUAGUCAAUAUUUUGUUAAGUGUCUAAUUAAUUCAAAUAUAAAUAAAAGAAUUUUAGGAGUUUGGCCUAAUACGUACACAUUUACUAAAGCAAUUGCAGAAAAUUUGUUAGCAAUUUCAAACGAAAAUCAUUUGCCGAUAUCAAUAUUUCGUCCGUCGAUUAGUAUGUGUCUAAAUGCUGAAACUGCUGUUAUCCAUAGAAAUCAAAAAUAAUAUAUUUAUAAUCGUAUUAAUUUUAUUCGACCGUAAGUUUAUAAAUAAAUAAAUAAUACUUAUAAUGACAAUUGUAAUUUUAGUCGGAUGCGUGAAAUCCGAACCUCAACCUGGUUGGGUGGAAGGUAUGAACGGACCGAUUGCUAUGGUUGUUCCAUUUAUAUUAGGAUUAUUAAGGAUAACUGCACUUUCUGAAAACAAAAAAGCUGAUAUAAUCCCAGUAGACUACACUGUAAACGCGUUAAUUUGUGUUAUGUGGGACACAAUUAAUAGGUAAUAGGAAAUUAAUAACAAUGUUAAGUUGUUUAAUAAUGCCAAAAUUAUAUCAUGCUUACAGUAUAGUAUAUACAAUAUACAUUUUUUAUUUUCAGAUAUCAAAAUACUAAUCAGUUAAACAUUAAACCUAAAAUAUUUAAUUACGUAUCGAGCGUCGAAAGCCCAAUAACGUGGGAUAGAUUUUUUAAUGAAAUGCGUAAUAAUUACUUUGAAAUGCCUCCUUUGAGUGCGGUGUGGUAUAUAUUUUGCUUCAACACUACCAAUGUAUGGGGUAUUAAAAUUUUGAGAUUUUUUUUGCACUGGAUACCUGCUUUAGUGGGUGAUUUAUAUUUAAUAGUUACCGGUAAAAAAACAAAGUAAGUUGUAAAUUAUUUAAUAUUCAUCGCGUUUAUAAAAGACAAAUAUAAGUUUUCUGUCAAAGUUUUAUGUUUCUAAAAAUAUUUUAACUGAAUUACAAUAAUAAAACAAAAUUGAAAAUAAUGAAACCGUUAUUUCCGUAAAUUUUCCCACUAUUUUUACGGUUUUUUCUAGUUUGGCCUAAUUAUUAAAAAAACUACAUGGCAAAUCAAAAAAUUACUUUCUUACUAACCCAUUAAAAUUCAGAGCAUUUUAUAAGCAAUUUUUACUGGGUGGCACUUUGGUAAAAUGUUUUACUUGCAGAGGAACAUAUAUUACAUAUAGGGGAAACUAAUCCUUCUGGCUCAACGCUUUUUAUGACCUCCUUAAAGUACCUUUCUACACCGAUUUACUUUCAAAAAAGGUGCUACACUUAAAAAUCCGAGCAAGUAUUCUGGUAGAAAAGUUGUUUACAGGUAAAAAAAAAAUAAACAUAAAAUCUGUAAACUUGUAAAAUCAUAAGCUUCUUCGCUCCAAUAAGAAUCUCCAUUAAUGAAAUUCUAACUUUCUAAAUUUUUCUUUUACGGUUUUCCUAAUAAUUAUAAAAAAAUGUAUGGUAAAUAUAAAAAAUGCUUUUGACAUUUUUUGAUUAGAACAAGAUUACUGGUAAAAUAUUUGUUUACAGACAGAAUAAACAGUCCAAUAAUUUUAUCCACAAAGUACUUACAAAUAAAAAUUAUUCACAAAAUUAAAAUAUUUUUAAAUUGAUAAUUCAAAUAUUCCUUAAAUGUUUUUACAGUUUUACCACAUCUAUAAAAGGCAAAUAUAUAAGUUUUAUGUCUUAUACGUGCUACAUAGUUACAACUUACAAGUUUAGAGCCCAUAAACAGUUAUAAUUUGUAAAUAAUUAUAUAGUAUUUUUAGAAGUUAUUUAAUAAUUACUAUGAUUUGAAAUGCCUAGCAAUAUCUAGUAUUAUAAAAAACCUGACGGUUGUCAAUUCAUAAAAUCAUAAUCAUAAAAUGUUAAUAAAUCAUCAAAUUAAAGUUACACUAGAAAAAAAAUUGUUGAAUCUUUUGUGAUUCGUGGCUAAUAACUUUGUAAUAUUGAUCUUCUUCUAAUCAUCUAUGGGACUUUGUUUUUUACUCUUUACCUUCUGAUGAUUUACCUUCAUGCAAUUUUGUUGUUAUAUUUUUAGUUAUCACAAAAAAAUNAGUCAGCGGAAGGGGGAGGAAUUAUAUGGACAUCGGAUUUAAACAUAUUUUCUUAUUCAUUUAGAAUGUUGAAGAUGUAUAAAAAAAUGGAUAUCAUGACUGAUUUGCUUUAUGAGUUCACAUCGAAAGAUUGGACACUUGAUAAUCGCAAUACCAGAGAAUUGUGGUCGUUGUUAAGUGACGAAGAUCGUAUAAGCUUUUGGUUUAGCUUUGAAGGAUUUGAUUGGAAAUCUUAUCUCAGAUCGUAUAUGCUUGGAAUACGAUCGUAUAUAUUAGGUGAAGAUCAAAGUAAUCUUGAAAAAGCUUUAGCCAAAAAUCGAAGGUAUAAUUUUAAUUCCAUAUUAAAUCGUAUUUGUUUGAUUUCAUAUAUUAUUAUGCGUUAUUUUUAGAUUGUUUUGGAUUCAUAAUUUGUGUAUCGCUCUUUUUGUUUGUUUUGUAUUUCAAGUAUAUUGGAUAUUUAAAUAAUGAUGUACUAUGUAACUAAUAAGGUGAAUAUACCUAUGUAACUAUUUAUUGUUCUCAAAAUUAACAAAUUUAGAAUUCUGACUAAAAUAUUAUAUGAGUAUCCUCCAUGAUUCUAGGUAAUAACAGCCAAUUGAAAAAUGUUCAUAUACUUAAAUAGCUGAAAGAAAAUUUAGCCACAGGAAAAUAUGUCCAGAGAAAAAUGUGGCCCAAAAAGAAAAUUAUGCAUAAAUACAAAAAUGACUAUACAAAUUGAACACUUUUUCAAUUGCUAUUAUUACAUAGACUAAAUUAGUAUAAUAUAUUGUAUUAUCAAUUGUAUUUACAUUUUAAUUAUAAGUAAAAAUAAUAAUAUUUUCGAAGUACAGUAGGCAAUAAAUCAAUAAAGAUACUUAGUACAGUGGGAAGACAAUUUUUAUAAUUAUUUUAAAUUUUAUUUUUAACUAUUGUCUAUUGUACUUUGAUUAUAAUUUAUGANGUUUUUAAUAGUUAUACUAAAUAAUUAUGGUAAUAGAUAAAAAUGAUUAAAUACAAAAACGGCCAUGAUAAAAAUGGCCAAGUUUUUCGUCUAUCUAUUUCGGUAUAAUAUGUUUAUCGUUGCGUACAGAUAUAAAUUAAACAGCUUUAUGUAUCCUACCUUUCCAAUUUUCCACCUACAACAGUGCCUUCACUCGUUCCAUGCAGUGUCAGAUAUUUUUUUUUGUAAUAUAAUAUAAUAUUAUAGUAUUUUAAAGCUAAAAUUUUGACGAAACUCGUAAAAUCAUAUAUAAUAGUAAUCCUUUUGUACAUUAAAAAUUAAUUAAAUGUGCUGUAUGUCGCUGGCGUCCGCAGGUCAGAAAUACUGCUCGAAACUGAUACCAAAAUGUAUUAUACAAUUCGUACAAAUUUGUAACAGCAACUCCAAAAUUUGUACAAACCCCUCCUCUCAAGUGUGAUCAAAUCAAUUUUUGGUCUGACUAGACGUGAUAAGUUUGAUGUUAUUUACGUCUAUAGUUAAAUAUAAUAUAGCUUAUGUGUCCUCACAUCUGCAUAUAAGUGUUAAAAAAGAGUUUAUUUUUAUAUUAAUAAUAUGAUAUCAUGGAUUAUAAAAGUAAGUAUUUCUUUUCUAUUGU